AUGAUCCUCCUCCGCCCGCCGGACUUUGAUCUCAGCUUGGUGCCGCGAUCGGCCCGCGGCGCGCCAGUGCCCGAGCCCACCGAUCCGCCCACCGUCGGCGACAGCGUGCCGUGCACCGUCCUCUGCCGUGACCUGGCCUUGUAUGGAAGUGGUAUGGUGGCACCGGCGGCGUUUGCCCGGCUCUUGGCCCCGUCGCCGGACUUUGUGCCGUUCUCGAUGGCAACGGUGGCCAGCUCGGCGCGAGCCGGCACCUUGUCGCCCAUCAUGCUCAGUGCCUCGGUCCGCCACCGUUUUGAGCCAGACGCGCAGACGCUAACGGUUGUGUGGGAGUACGGCGCCAAUGCCGGGCCAUCGGUCUAUGCCUCGUUCGGCGUUGUCCUCGCGGCGAGUGGCGAGGUGACCUUCUUCUACGUCACCGCGCCGCCGGCCCAUCUGGAGACGCACCUCGCCUCGCCUCUCCAUGUCGCCAUUGCCGACGAGCGGUUUGUGCAGGCCAUCGACGUCGCCGGCGUGACCGCCAACACUUCGAUUGUACUCAAGCCGGUGCCGCGGUGCGCCAGCGAGCUGAGCUGCGGCGGAUGCACGGCGCAUGCGCGCUGCGGCUGGUGCCACGCGUACGCGACGUGCUUUGAGAAGGCGCUCCGUGACGAGGUCGGGUGCCCGCACGGGCCCACUGCGUGGUACACCGACGACUGCCCCAUUCUCGAGCCCGACCGGCUCUACCUCCCGAUCGUCAUCUCGAGCCUCCUCGUACUCCUCUCCAUCAGUGUCGCCACUGGCUGCUGCAGCAAGCUGCGGUCGUGCCUCCGUCCGUCGGCUGCAGUCCGGCAGGCACCCGAGCCUGCUGCGGAUGGCGGAAGCGGGGCUGACGACGGCGAUGACGCAGUCGAGAUGGUAGCCGUCGACGAGUAG